GUAUAUAAGGACCACCGACACGCCGACCAUUUUUGUCUCGAACCCCAAUCUUUUGCUACACCUCCCGCUUUUAUGCGCCAGAAAUGGCCGCCCCACCCACGCUCCCAGUCUCCAACUCUCAAGCCAACGCAACCUCCCAACCGCCGAUCGCCACGCCAGCCUUUCGUGCCUUCGUCUCACGGCUGUCCUCCUCCAUCCGUCACGGUUUCUCCCAACGCCGACCAUGGUCCGAACUUGUAGACAGAUCGGCUAUGGCCAGGCCCGAUUCCCUCUCGGAAGCCUACUCUCGUAUACGGAGAAAUCUCUCCUACUUCAAAGUCAACUACGUGACCCUACUCGCGCUUGUGCUCGCUUUCUCUCUCUUAUCAAAUCCCUUUUCUCUCCUCGUCCUUCUUAGCCUUUUGGGAGCAUGGAUGUUCCUCUACAUUUUCAGACCGUCGGAUCAACCUUUGGCCAUCUUCGGUCGUACGUUCUCUGACCGCGAGACGCUCGGGGCGUUGGUUGUGUUGACGAUUGUCGUCGUGUUUUUGACGUCUGUUGGAUCUUUGUUGAUAUCUGCGUUUAUGAUCGGAGCUGCGAUUGUGUGCGCCCACGGUGCUUUUAGGGUGCCUGAGGAUCUGUUCCUCGACGACCAAGAACCUGUUAACUCCGGAUUCCUAUCCUUCCUCGGCGGCGCUGCCGCCUCCGCGGCCGCCCCUGCCGUCGCCGGACGCGUCUGAAACUGCUCUGGCGGAUCGAGACUUCAACGUGUAUGAUUAAUCCAUGAUUUUUUUUAGGCGAGAAAUUGGAGUAGGGUUUUUGUAACAUUUGGAUGUUUUUGGUUUGAUUUGUAUGGAUUUAGUUUUGAUAUUGAAAUACAAGAUGCUAAUGCUAAGGUAAAUGAUUCAAAUGAAGUCAAUCUGAGUCGUUCAAUUUA